AAAGCGAAGACGCAGCAGGAAUCUCCGGAUUAUCAAUGGCUGCUGAAUCUCCCCGCCGCCCGAGCCGAUGUACCGGAGGAGUGGUGGUUCGCCCACAGGCUGUCACGGAACAGUCCUAUAUGGAAAGUGUUGUUACGUUUCUACAAGAUGUUGUUCCUCAGGCUUACAGUGUUACACCCCCAACAGAGGAAAAAGAGAAGAUCGUGUGGGUCAGAUUUGAAAAUGCGGACUUGAAUGAUACGUCAAGAAACAUGGAGCUGCAUGAGAUACACAGCGCUGGGAAUGAGCCACCUUUGCUGCUAAUGAUUGGCUACAGUGACGGGAUGCAGAUAUGGAGUAUACCUAUCAGCGGUGAGGCUCAGGAACUCUACUCCGUCCGACACGGCCCAGUCCGAGCUGCUCGAAUCCUGCCGUCGCCACAGAUUAGUCCGCAGAAAUGUGACAGCUUUGCUGAAAAGAGACCUCUCCUUGCCAUGUGCAAAAGCAUUGGAUCUUCUGGUACCAGCCCCCUAUACUGCUGCGUAGACCUGCACUCUUUGCGUACCGGAGAAAUGGUCAAAUCCAUACAGUUCAAAACACCUAUUUAUGAUCUCCACUGCAACAAAAGGAUCCUUGUUGUGGUCUUGCAGGAAAAAAUUGCUGCCUUCGACAGCUGCACCUUCACCAAAAAGUUCUUCGUUACAAGCUGCUAUCCUUGUCCGGGGCCAAACAUGAAUCCCAUAGCUCUGGGAAGCCGGUGGCUUGCUUAUGCUGAAAACAAGCUGAUCCGGUUCCAUCAGUCCCGCGGCGGGGCCUGUGGAGACAACAUUCAGUCCUACACGGCCACAGUCAUCAGUGCAGCCAAAACAAUAAAAACCGGACUCACCAUGGUGGGGAAAGUUGUGACCCAGCUGACGGGGACUCUUCCAUCGGGAGCAACGGAAGAAGAGAUCUUGGCUCAUAGCAAUAGUCGCCGCAGCCCCUUAGUGCCUGGAAUUGUCACCGUCAUUGAUACGGAGACGGUUGGAGAAGGACAGGUGCUUGUGAGCGAGGACUCAGAUAGUGACGGAAUUGUGGCACACUUCCCUGCACAUGAGAAACCCAUCUGCUGUAUGUCUUUCAACCCUAGUGGCAUGCUUCUGGUCACAACAGACACGCUCGGCCAUGAUUUCCAUGUGUUUCAAAUACUGACCCAUCCCUGGUCAUCUUCACAAAGCGCCGUCCAUCAUUUGUACACGUUGCAUCGCGGGGAGACCGAAGCCAAAGUGCAAGACAUUUCCUUCAGCCAUGACUGCCGCUGGGUGGUGGUCAGCACUCUCCGGGGCACAUCCCACGUCUUCCCCAUCAACCCGUAUGGAGGGCAACCCUGUGUCCGUACACACAUGUCGCCGCGGGUGGUGAACCGCAUGAGCCGCUUCCAGAAGAGUGCGGGGCUGGAAGAGAUCGAGCAGGAGCUGACUUCCAAGCAGGGUGGCCGUUGCAGUCCUGUCCCUGGGCUGUCGAGCAGCCCAUCCGGUUCCCCUCUUCACGGUAAAUUGAACAGUCAGGACACAUACAACAAUUUCGCCAACAACAAUCCUGGGAACCCACGCCUUUCCCCUCUUCCGAGCCUGACCGUAGUGGUACCUUUAGCUCAGAUCAAGCAACCCAUGACUCUGGGAACCAUCACCAAACGCACAGGACCUUACCUGUUUGGAGCAGGAUGUUUUUCCAUAAAAGCUCCGUGCAAAAGCAAACCAGCUCCGCAAAUUUCACCCAGCAAAUCUCUGGGCGGAGAGUUCUGCGUUGCAGCCAUCUUCGGGUCCUCGAGGUCUUGGUUUGCAAGCAACCCAGGUCUGAAAAGAGAAAAAGAGCAGUCCAAACAGUUUGUAGUGGAGUCCUUGUAUAUCAUCAGCUGCUACGGGACUUUGGUGGAGCACGUCUUGGAGCCCCGACCACUCAGCACCGCCCCAAAGAUCAGUGACGACACCCCACUGGAGAUGGCCACUUGUCCGAGGGCCAGCUGGACGCUGGUUAGGACUCCCCUGUGGAAUGAGCUGCAGCCGCCCUUUAACGCCAAUCAUCCGCUGCUCCUGGCUGUGGACGCCGUGCAGUGCUACCAGUAUCUGCUUGUGGGCCUGGUUCCUCCUGGAAGUCCAGGACCCAUCACUCGGCACGAAUCCUAUGACAGCUUAGCCUCUGACCACAGUGGACAGGAAGAUGAAGAGUGGCUUUCUCAGGUUGAAAUUGUGACCCACACCGGACCCCACCGGCGCCUGUGGAUGGGCCCCCAGUUCCAGUUCAAAACAAUUCAUCCCUCCGGCCAAACAACAGUCAUUUCAUCCAGUUCUUCAGUGCUCCAGUCCCACGGCCCCAACGAUACCCCACAGCCUCUCCUGGACUUCGACACGGACGAUUUGGACUUAAACAGUCUCAGGAUCCAGCCUGUUCGCUCUGAACCCGUCAGCAUGCCAGGGUCAUCCCGCCCAACUUCGGAUCGCAGAGGGAUUUCCACAUUGACCGAUGCUACCUCAGGUACCUUCGAUCGAAGCAUGACCCUUCUGGAAGUCUGCGGGAGCUGGCCCGAGAGCUUCGGUCUGCGCCACAUGUCUUCCAUCGAACACACGGACGAGGGCCUUAGGGAACGGCUGGCCGAUGCCAUGUCUGAAUCGCCCAGUAGGGACAUAGUGGGAUCUGGAACAGAGCUGCAGCGCGAAGGAAGCAUAGAGACUCUCAGUAACAGCUCUGGCUCCACCAGCGGAAGCAUUCCACGCACCUUCGAGGGCUACCGAUCACCUCUUCCGACUAACGAGAGCCAGCCAUUAAGUCUGUUUCCUACGGGCUUCCCGUAAACAGGUCCCACCAGUCCAGGAGAAGGAAAAAAAUCAGA